AACACCAGCCUGAUAAACCAGAAGAAGAAGCUGGAGGGUGAUAUAGCUCAGCUUCAGUCUGAGGUGGAGGAGGCAGUGCAGGAGUGCAGAAAUGCUGAAGAGAAGGCCAAGAAGGCCAUCACUGAUGCUGCCAUGAUGGCGGAGGAGCUGAAGAAAGAGCAGGACACCAGCGCUCACCUGGAGCGUAUGAAGAAGAACAUGGAGCAAACCAUCAAAGACCUGCAGCACCGUCUGGAUGAAGCUGAGCAGAUCGCCAUGAAGGGAGGCAAGAAGCAGGUGCAGAAGCUCGAGGCCAGGGUGAGGGAGCUUGAGAAUGAGGUGGAGGCGGAGCAGAAGAAGAGCAGCGAAGCCGUGAAGGGAAUCCGCAAAUACGAGAGACGCAUUAAGGAGCUCACCUAUCAGACAGAGGAAGACCGAAAGAAUGUUGCUCGUCUGCAAGACCUGGUUGACAAACUGCAGCUGAAGGUCAAAGCAUACAAGAGAGCUGCUGAGGAAGCUGAGGAGCAGGCCAAUACUCAUCUGGGCAAGUUUCGCAAACUGCAGCACGAGCUGGACGAGGCUGAGGAGAGAGCAGACAUCGCCGAGUCUCAGGUCAACAAGCUGCGCGUCAAGAGCCGCGAUGUGGGGUCAAAGAGAGGGCUAGACGAGGAGUGAAACCUUCUGACGGCCACCUCACACCUUUGGGAUGCUUUAAUGUGCUGCAGUCUCCUUCAGUGAGAAAAGUAACUCUGUAGAAUAAAACAAAAUGCAUUAAAAUUAUAAAAAGUGUUCUCAGUCAUUUUGGUCAUAGCAGCUACUUCACAAUAUAUAAACCCGUGCAUUUCAUUCAAACAACAGUUAAACAUAUAUAUCUAAAAACGCAAACAAAAAUAUAAAUAAAAGUCGUUUUUCCAUCACUGCCCAGUAAAGCCUGCAUGAAUCAACCAAGAGGAAAACCUGCAGCUUAACAAUUAUUCAUAUUGUGUCAAUAUGGAACAACUGAUGGGCUAAAGAGAGGCUCAACGGCAUCUAUAACCCAGAAAAAAUAAACUAUAU